AACUUUGUAAUCUGUUUCUUGACAGUCUGAGUUAGCUACUCAAUCUUUGUAUAUUGCAAUAACGGAUUCACUUAUAAGUUCAUACGAGAAUGAAGAUCGUCUAUAUUGUUUUAUUUAGUUUCUAUAUCAUUAAUUUAUACGAUAGCAAAGUUUUCGGCUCCACUUUACAAGGCGUUGCUGAAUAUGUAAGAAGAAACCUGUUAUUUUUUCUUUCCGAUUGCACUCUUGGUGCCAAUAAAACGAGACUCCUUUUUUUUUCAAGAGGUAUCAGUGGAAUUGAAGUCAACUUAACCACCAUGGAAUUACCAAUCAACUGUUCCUUGAAAACCAUUUUUAUUAUUCAUGGAUUCUUAUCAGAUGGUACCAAAAACUGGAUAAAUGAUACGGUUAAAGCUCUACUAAAACAUGAACCAUUAAAUGUCUUCUCCGUGGAUUGGCAAGUUGGUGCAUGUUCAGAGAAAAUCGACUUUUUGAAUGUUCAAUCAUACCGUUUCGCUACAGUCAAUACCAAACAAGUCGGAGAAUACGUAGCCAGGUGUAUCAAAAUAUUGGUAAAAAAUUAUCAUGUAAGUUUGACAAAUAUUUGGAUGUUAGGGCACAGUCUAGGUGCUCAUGUGUGCGGCUUUGUUGGAAAGCAUUUACAAAUAAAUCAAAUUGGAACUCUCGGGCGAAUUACAGGAUUAGAUCCUGCUGGUCCUCUUUUUCGUAAAUUAAACUGGACUGAAAGGCUUGAUAGGAGUGAUGCUACAUUUGUGGAUAUUAUUCACACUUCACACAUUUUUGGACUUCAGGAGCCAGUCGGUCACGUGGAUAUUUUCGUAAAUGGAGGGGAGUUUCAACCAAGUUGUUUAUUAAAGAAACCAGGUUGCUCGCAUGAUCGAGCCGUAGAUUACUACAUCGAAGCCCUGAAAAAUCCUAAUUGCUCAUUUAUAGGACAAAAAUGGUCUAAAAGAUCCGGAUAUAGCAAUUCGUCCGAAAAUUGUAAUCUAGAAUCAUGUAUGGUAAUUGGUCAACAAGCGGAAAAUUAUGCAGCGAGAGGAACAUUUAUCGUUAAUACACAUUACGGUUCACCGUAUUGCACUGGAAAUCUACCAAAUUCUGAGAUUGUCGAUGCACAUUUUAAUAUUGUUUCCAAUGGUGAUAAUAUUUUUGAAGCUGAUCUCUUAACAAACAAUGGAUGAAACAUAAAGUGCAAGAAGACAAUUUUUUAAGUAUCGUUCUUAUUGCUAUCAUUAAGAAUUACGAAAUAAAUAAAUUAAAAUGUGGAAGACAA